CGCGAGAUUCUCCAGAAACAGGCGCCGGGGACCAGCAUGGCGGACUCAGUGCUGGUGCUCAAGCGGGGUUCCUCCCGCUCCACGUGGCUGCGGGCCCGCAAGGCCCGGUCCCAGCUCAUUCUCGGCCACCGGCCCCGCCGGCGGCUCAGGACUCUGCGUUGGUGCGGCCGAAGGCGGCUUCGGCGGCGGCUGCUGCAUGCCCAGGCGGCCGGCGUGGACUGGCGGGAGGGCGGCUGCCUGGUGUCGCGCGCGGCGGCGCCCCGGAGGCCCAAGACCGCGGUCCCCAGGCCGGACCCCAGCCCAGACGUGGCCGCGGACCUGACCACGAGUUGUUCCGCCAUCCUCUCCAUCCCGCCAGUGCGGCCGGCCGGCCCGGGCCGUGCGUUGGUGCUGCUGCCGCUUGGGCAGAGCUUCAUCUUUAGCGGGAUCUGUCGUGUGACCUGCCUCUACGGUCAAGUGCAGGUGCUCGGUUUUAACAUCAGCCAAGGCCAGCCCGCUCAGGACGUGUACUCCACCUAUACCCACGCUCGCCUGACUGUCACCGCAGUUCACUACUCAGUGUCUGAGAAAAGCAAGAAGGAGAUGAAAAGGGAAGCCCGGACUUUGCUCAAGUCUCAUCUGAACCGAGAUGACAGACGCUGGUUGAUGAAGAAUUUCUCUCCUCUGUGUUCCGUUAUGAUGCUAGAACACCUGAAAACCUCCACUGUGAACUUCAUAACCAGCCAUCCAGGUUUAUCUUACGUUUUCGUACAAGAGGUCCCGCCUUUCCAGAUUAACCUGGAGUAUUUCACCUUGAGGUCUGUGGGGAUCAGAAGAGAGAAGAAAAAAACCGGCCUUCGUUUGACUGAGAGCGCCUUUUCGGUCAUGGAAGAGUUAGUCAGCGUUUCCUGCGAAGAGGUAGACGGCUGCCCCGUAAUCCUGGUUUGUGGCUCGCAGGACGUAGGGAAGUCAACGUUUAUUAGAUACCUGAUGAACCAGUUGUUAAAUAGCAUACCCUGCAUUGACUAUUUGGAAUGUGAUCUGGGACAGACAGAAUUUACUCCUCCAGGUUGUGUUUCCUUACUUAAUAUUACAGAACCAGUUCUAGGCCCACCUUUCACUCACCAGAGGACACCACAGAAGAUGGUGUAUUACGGGAAGACUUCUUGUAAAGACAACUUCGAGAAUUAUAUUGAGAUAAUCAAGUAUGUGUUCAGCUCCUACAAGAGAGAGGCUCCGCUUAUCGUCAACACGAUGGGCUGGGUGGCAGACAAAGGUCUCUUGCUGCUCGUGGACCUGAUCCGACUGUUGUCCCCGAGCCACGUCGUUCAGUUCAGCUCCAGCCGGAGUAAAUACAUGCCGAACCUCACCCCUGACUACGUGGACGACAUGGACGGCUUGUACACAAAGAGCAAAUCCAAAGUCAGAAACAGGGGUUUCCAUCUGGCAGAGUUUGCCGAGCAUUUGGAAUUUGCUGAUGAAGAAAAAGAGAGCCCGCUUGUGUUUCCCGGAUACAAGCUGAUGUCCGUUAAGUCAGAGUUUGUGUCUAGAAAAACCGAAAGAAAUAGGGAAUCCCAUAACAAGAUUCUUCGUGACUUGGCCGUGCUCGGUUACCUGGGCCAGCUGCAGCCCCCAGUGCCCAAACCACUUUGUCCCUUACAUGGCCUGACACCCUAUCAGGUCCCUUUCAAUGCCGUUGCGCUGCGGGUUACUCACGCCGACGUGGCUCCUACCCACAUACUGUACGCGGUGAACGCCAGCUGGGUCGGCCUUUGCAAGAUCCUGGACGAUGUCAGGGGUUAUGCACACGGGCCCAUCCUUCUGGCCCAGACGCCCAUCUGUGAUUGUCUGGGGUUUGGAAUCUGCAGAGGGGUUGACAUGGAGAAGAGGCUUUACCACAUACUCACACCUGUGCCCCCGGAGCAGCUGAGGCUCGUGAACUGUUUGCUGGUCGGAGCCAUUUCCAUUCCGCAGUGUGUCCUCAAGAGCCAGCGUGGGCUCGAAGGGACGAUCCCUUACGUCACAACAGAUUAUAAUUUUAAACUUCCUGGAGCAUCAGAGAAAAUUGGAGCAAGAGAAAUCAAGGAAACACAGAGAGAGAAGGUGCACCCCAAACCUAAACUCUAUCGAAACACACACUGACAGCGAUGCCCCCACCUCGGCGAGGGACUUUUCCCCCAGGAGCUGGACUCCGCCUCCAGCCUGGCGGCAGCAGACUCACAAGAUUCUGUGGCCCAAACGGCACUCUUACCGGCGGCCAGUCUUUCCUGCACAACUCAUGGGUGUUUAGAGUACGUGAAAGCCUCUUUUUGAAUCCAGGUGACCUGGAGAUUCCCCCAGCCUUCUCUUUUACUCGUUAAAGGGACAAAGCAGCAGGGAAAAGUUUGAGCACCAUUUUAAAACAGUUUUAAGAACGUGGUAGAUUCCUCAAAAAGGUUUUCGAGGACCUGGUUGUUGGAAUCUGGAUAAGAAUAGAAAAACUGAAGGAGUUCCCUGGUGGCCUGGUGGUUAAGGAUCCGGUGUUGUCACUGCUGUGGCACAGGUUCAAUCCCUGUCCUGCUAAUUUCCACAUGCCGCACAUGUGGCC